UCCAAACGAGCUGCGAUGACAACAACAUUUACUGGACCUGCGCUGCAGAUGGAGCUCGUUUCUGUCUGAUCUUCUCCAGUUUCUCCACUGCAGCUCCAUGAGACUUCAGCAUGACCCUCUGCACGACGCUGGCCUUCCGCCUGUUCGGCUGCUUCUGCGUGUUUUCCGUGUUUUUGUCCGUUUCUGACGCCACUUCGCCUCCAAAAGGACCAGUAACCACAAACAGAGCGAGAGAGUUGAGAUGGACGGUGGAGAAGAGCAGCAGGCCCAGAGCGAACUCCACCACAGUGCAGAUAGAUCUGAGCGGGCCCAAUGUGUGCAGUUCCAGAUGCUGCCCUGGAUGGAUAGUCCAGCUCAAGACAAAGCAGUGUACAAAACCGAGGUGUCUCCCUCGUUGCCAUAACAGAGCUGUGUGCCGGCAGCCCAAUAUCUGUCAGUGCCGGCCGGGUUUCUUUGGGUAUCGCUGUGAACUCUCCAGCAUCACUCCAGCCCCGAGCAUGUGGUCCUGGACCAUGUCGAGCCGCACCAGUGCUUUAGUGACCACCAUAACAGCACCUGCAGCACCUGUUACUGUCUCUCCUGUUACCACUGCCGCAUACGUCACACCACGCUCAAAAGACUCUGAAUCUGAUCCCAAGAGGAAAUACUCACUACGCUGGCAGCCUCUUAGUGUGAAGGAACCUCAGGCAGCGCUGCUGAAGAAAGCCCUGGCCAGAGGAGUUGGAGGGAGUAAAAUCACUAAUAUUCUGCUGAAGCACAUCGAGACAGAGAGGAGCAGACUGCAGUCCAUCCCCAAUGCUGCGGAGACACAGCAGUCCAGCUCCAAGACCUUCCACACCCAGCAUGGCCAGUACACACUCGUAUACACACCAGCUGUUGGUCAAACGGCUACCGGACAGACGGCCAGUGGCCAGCGGACCUUCGGAGUCCUCGGAGGUUCUGAGCGGAUCAAAGUUCUCUUCACUCCGACAAUCUGCAGGCUGAGAUGCUCCCAGACCCGCUGCAUAAACUAUUGCGAGCGCGGAAACGUCACCACCGUUUACAACAGCGAACAGCAGGGGGCAUCUGGGUCAGCGUCGUCCGGGUCAGCGUCGUCCAGGUCAGCGUCGUCUGGGUCAGCAUCGCCCGGGUUCAGAGUGUUCUUGUGUCCCUUGCUGUGUAAGAAUGGAGGAGUGUGUAUCCAGAAGGAUCGUUGUCUCUGUCCCCCCAACUUCAUUGGAAAGUUCUGCCACAUUCCCGUCUCCUCCACUGCUUCCACCAACGACAUCGAGAAGCCGCUCUCCAGCUCCACGACUUCGGUCAAUCAGGGACUGACGCAGUCAGAGUAUAUUCUGCCUUUACAGAGUCCACAGCAGAGCCAAAGCAGUGGUUCCCCGAUGGUGAAGGUGCGGGUGCAGCACCCUCCUGAGGCCAGCGUGAAGAUUCAUCAGGUGCUGAAAGUGGGCCCCACGGUGCACGAGCGGUCAGAGACGGUGACCUGGUCAUCCGGACUCUCUGGAUCCCGCAGGCAGGUCAUUCUGCCGGGAGAAAGGGCUGAGGCUCCGCCCCCUCGUGUCCAGACACAGCUCAAUAGCGUCCAGGCCCAGACCAUCCGUGGUGACUCCACCUACACUGAGUCGUCUGGCUUCAAAUACUGCUUCAGAGAAGUGCGCAACGGGCAGUGCAGCUCCCCAAUGCCUGGUCUGAGGAGUCAGGAGACCUGCUGCAGGGGUGACGGCCUGGCCUGGGGAAUAAACGAGUGCACGCUGUGUCCUCCUGAGUUAGGGAGCAGAGGAAGGGGUGAGGGGAGCUGCCCCAAAGGCUUCGAGAGGGUCAAUGGCACACAGUGUGUGGAUAUAAACGAGUGCGAGCAGACGGGUUUCUGUCAGAACGGGAACUGUGUGAACACUCGCGGGAGCUACAGCUGUGUGUGCAGGCAGGGCUUCUUACUGGACGCCUCACACGGCAUCUGUAUCUCCCAGAAGGUGAUUUCAGAGGAGAAGGAUCAGUGUUUCCGGAUUGUGAGCCAGGGCUCCUGCUCUCUGCCCAUCCUGAGGACCAUCACCAAGCAGAUCUGCUGCUGCAGCCGUGUGGGAAAAGCCUGGGGACGCAAGUGUGAGGCCUGUCCAUACUUCGGCUCCGAAGAGUUUAAGGAGAUCUGUCCUGCUGGGCCGGGCUACCAUUACUCUCCCAACACUCUGAAGUUUAACCAGAGGGUGGCUGAAACUCACCGGACCCCUUUGGUUUCUGAGCUCAAACCCCAGCAGCAAGAAUCCUCCAUAUCACAGCCAGCAGCUAGACACCAACUGCCCACCAGCCCACAAACCACACGCCCUCAACCGCCGACAGUCGGCCAGGCCACCCACGUCCAGCAGCCAAGCGUUGCUCAUACUAACGUUUUCAUCAUCCAGGGUGGACCACAGCAGCCCAGCAGCGCUGGAGCCCAGACUCAGAGCAGACCUGCAGCUACGGCAACCAGCCAGCCUACCAGAGCACAGCCGCCCGUCAUCAGGACACAAACCGGCCGGCCCUCUGCAAGCAGACAGCCACUCAGACCCCUCUCGGUUCCAGCUACAUCCCGCCCUUCUGCACCUAGAACAAAUGUCCGUGUGUGUGAACUGAGGCCGCAGGUUUGUGGGCCGGGUCAGUGUGUCGAUGUGGCCGGUGGGAGACACGCCUGCGUUUGUAAUCCUGGAUUCAUCUUCAACACUCAAGCCGGUCGCUGCCAAGAUAUAAAUGAGUGCGUGUUGACUCCGAGGCCGUGCUCACUGGGUCAGUGUGACAACACAGUGGGCAGUUUCCGCUGUGUGUGUCCACCAGGCUACCAGAGUAACGCCCAGCAGAACCAGUGCUCAGAUAUCGACGAGUGCCGUCAGAACCCUUGCACCAACGGCCACUGUGAGAACACACCGGGCAGCUUCAGGUGCGUGUGCAGGACAGGAUACCGGCUACAGGACAACACCUGCACAGAUGUUGAUGAGUGUGAUGACCCACUCCGCUGCCCUGGUCAGGAGUGUGUGAACUCUCAGGGCUCAUAUAAGUGUGUCCCCUGCAGACCCGGCUUUGGAUUGCUCAACGGACAGUGCUCAGAUAUUGAUGAGUGUCGGCAGAGUCCCUCGCUCUGCUCCAACGGCCGCUGUGAGAACACAGCCGGCAGCUACAGGUGUGUGUGUCGUCUGGGAUACAGGACGCAGGGCAACACCUGCACAGAUGUGAAUGAAUGUGAGGACCCUCUGCAGUGUCCUGGUCAGGAGUGCGUGAACACUCAGGGCUCGUACAGGUGUGUUUCCUGCAGGCCUGGCUUUGCAGUCGUCAGCGGAAGAUGCGCAGAUGUUGAUGAGUGUCAUCAGGUCCCUGCUCCCUGCACUAACGGCCGCUGUGAAAAUAUUCUGGGCAGCUACAGGUGUGUGUGCAGAACUGGCUACAGACUUCAGGGCAACACCUGUACAGAUGUGAAUGAGUGUGAGGACCCUCAGCUGUGUCCUGGUCAGGAGUGUGUAAAUAUACCUGGUUCAUACAGAUGUGCGUCCUGCAGAUCUGGAUACACCUUUUGGAAUGGACAGUGCACAGAUGUGGACGAGUGCGUUCAGAGCCCCUCUCUCUGCUCUAACGGCCGCUGUGAGAACACACCGGGCAGCUACAGGUGCAUCUGCCGACCUGGAUUCAGACCGGAGGGGAACACCUGCGCAGAUGUGGACGAGUGUGAGAACGAGCUUCAGUGUCCGGGCCAGGAGUGUGUGAACUCAGUCGGCUCUUUCAACUGCAUGUCCUGCAAGCCGGGCUUUGAAAUCGUGAAUGGCCAGUGCAAAGACGUGGACGAGUGCAGUCAGACUCCUCGCUGCGUUAAUGGCCGCUGUGAAAACACUCCCGGCAGCUACAGGUGCACGUGUCGACCAGGAUUCAGGCUGCAGGGGAACACCUGCGCAGACGUUGAUGAGUGUGCGGACGGUCUACAGUGUCCUGGUCAGCAGUGCAUGAACACCAUGGGUUCUUAUGAGUGUGUGCACUGCAGAGACGGAUACAGUCUGCAGAACGGACAGUGCGCAGACGUGGACGAGUGUGUGAACUCAAGGACAUGUGGACCACAGGGCGUGUGUGUGAACACCGAUGGCUCAUACAGGUGUGAGUGUAUGGCAGGAUAUCGCGCAGCAGGACCUGGACGGCUGUGCAGAGACAUUGAUGAGUGUUUCGAGGGAGAGUUCUGCCACUCUAGAGGGGAAUGCCAGAACACGGAGGGCUCAUACGUGUGUGUGUGUGCUGAGGGCUACCAGACCAGUGCCAACCGGGCAUCCUGCCAGGAUGUGGACGAGUGUGCCCGCGAGGGUCUGUGCCAGGAUGGGCGCUGUGUCAACACGGACGGAUCGUUCCAGUGCAACUGCAAGACUGGAUUCACCACCAACCCCCAAAAAACAGCCUGUCUGGAUGUGGAUGAGUGUGUGGACUCUGAAGGUGCUGUGUGUGGAUCUCUGCGCUGUGAGAACACAAUCGGCUCCUUCCGCUGCCUCGUCUCCUGCCAGCCUGGAUACAGCAUCACCGCUACAGAAGAGUGUGUGGACAUUAAUGAAUGUGCUAACGAGACGGUGUGCGGAGAACACGCUUUCUGUCAGAACCUGAUCGGAACGUAUCAGUGUAUCUGUGAUCAGGGCUACGAGUCUACGGGAGACGGCCGAUCCUGCGUGGACAUUAACGAGUGUGAGACGAUGGUGGGGGUGUGUGGAGCGGCGCGCUGUUGGAAUGUAGAUGGCUCCUUCACGUGUGAAUGUGAGGAUCAACAGAAGGAAUUCAACCCCCUCACUCUGCAGUGUGUGAACAGAGCCGGUCAAGGUGAGACAGGUGCUUCAGUGCCGCGCUGGCCUUCCUUCACCCCCUCUCGCUCUGGCUCCAUCACCUCACUGCCCCCUGCUGGCCCAGGAGAGAAGAGGGAGUGCUACUACAACAUCAAUCAGCAGGACUCCUGCAGGAUCCUCACGCGGAACUCCAGCCUGCAGGAGUGCUGCUGCACCGUGGGUCAGGGCUGGGGUCAGCAGUGCCUCUACCAGCCCUGCCCUGAACUCAGCACAGCGGAAUUCCAGACUCUGUGCCCAAGUGGACGGGGGUACGUGACUUCCACAGUGGGAGCCUUCAGCUACAAGGAUGUGGACGAGUGUAAGCUCUUCGACCCGGAGGUGUGUAAGGGUGGCGUGUGUGUGAACAACAUCCCUGGAUACUCCUGCUACUGCCCCAGCGGAUACUACUACGACAACGUCUUACUGGAGUGCAUCGAUAAUAAUGAGUGUGACAGUGAGGAAAUGUGUCCUGGCGGUGUGUGUAUCAACACACUGGGUUCGUAUUACUGCACUUGUGAGCCUCCGCUAGUACUGGAUGAGACACAGCGCAACUGCUUGAACAUCUCUGACCUCGCAGCCGAUGAAGAUCUGUCGGUCUGUUGGCAGCACGUCACGGCCGAUCUGGUGUGUCAGAGCAUGCUGCGGGGGGCCUGGGUGACGUUUGUGGAUUGCUGCUGUCUGCAUGGAGAGGCCUGGGGGCUUCACUGCGCACUGUGCCCACGGAGAGACGAGGAUGUGUAUGAGGCUCUGUGUAGUGCACUGGGUCCUCCACCCAACUCCCCACGUUACGCUGAACGCUUUGCUAUGGUGCCCGGGAGAGGAGGGGGCUACGGCCCACUGUAUGGCACUGAGUACUCCGAAACAGUUCUGGGCCGAGCUGACUACUCCCAGACUGAUUACGAUGACUACAGUCCAAUGGGAGGAACCGGCCGGAGGUCUGGACUGAGAGGACAAACACCUGGCUCAUACACACCUUACAUACCACCUGGAUUAGGUCCUGCUCGUUAUUAUGAGGAGGACGACUAUGAUGCAGCGCCGGUUCCUCCGUAUGGAGUGACAGACCCCCGAAGUGAGCGAGCGUUUGGUACUCGGCCCCGCCCCCCUCUGGCCGAGGGUCGCACCCUGAGCUUGGCCCCGCUGCCUGAGGACUCAGAGGGGGAGGAGCCAUGGAGAGCCCCCGCCCCAUUCCCGCCUUUCACGGACAGACGAGCAGGAGGAGAGAGGCCGCACAGAGUCUAUGAAAGGCAGUAUGAGCCAUUCGGAGGGCUGAUGGAGGGUGAGUGUGGGAUACUGCAGGGCUGUGAGAACGGCCGCUGCGUCCGUGUCCAGGAGGGCUACACCUGCGACUGUUAUGAUGGGUAUCAGCUGGACAUCAGCUCCAUGUCCUGUAGAGAUGUGGACGAGUGUGAGGACCCGGGCACUCCGACGUGUGUGAACGGUCAGUGUGUAAACACAGAGGGUUCGUACAGCUGUGUGUGUCUCAGAGGCUUCAUCAUGUCACGCAGACCAAACCACUGCAUUCCAGCUUAAACAGCAACACACGGAACAGAACUGAACAGAACCACAGCCCACGGUCUCUGUGGUCUCACACAUUAAAGGGCUCAUAUCAUGAAAAACUGAAUUCUUCUCAAUUUUUUUUAAUGAAAGAGUUUGAUGUUUUAUGUAAACGUUGUUAUAAGUUUCAUAAGGUUCUGUUGUAACAGCCGGCGGCAAUUUAGCCCCAGUAUUUCCACCCUGGGCUGCUUUUUUAAAGGGACAGCCAAUCAGAGCAGAGCUCAUUUACAUAUAUCAGUCUUAAAGGCGCAGUAACAAGUCCAGCCUGUUUAAGCCUGAGUGAUGAAGUGAGGAGGGAAAACGGUCAUGUAGAAAUUAAUUAUGACUGUUUUGGUACAUAAAACCACACAAAUAUCAAAAUGAAACCUAAUAAAAUAGGAAAAGUGAGGGAUUUUAGCUCUUUAAGCAAAUCUCCCUGUUUAAAGGGCACGCCUGCCUCAUUAUGCCCUUCAGAGAUAGACAUGUACUACAUUUUCUAUCAGUGAUCUACACACACACACACACAUGGUUAUUUAGGUUGAGUUUAUUUGAAGCCGGUUAUAAAUGAGUAAGUAUUAUGGAUUUUUACUGACCCAUUGUUUAUGUUUGUGACUGAGGUGGGUGGUUUCGCUGAUGUCUCUCUCUUCCACACUUCAUUAAGACAUGUAACACAAUGCACUGUAUUUGUGGAAGGAAACGUUUUGAGUUUUACACAAUGAUUAAUUGUUCAUGUUUAAAAGCUGUGUUCAUUAUUUUGUCUAUGAAUUGUUUGAUAUGCCUAAUAUGAAACUAUAUUUGCACACGUUCCAGUUGUUGUUUUUUUCACUGAGCACACAUUCUCUCUUUAUCCUGCCAUUCAUUUUUUACUUAAUUAAACCUUUUAUCUAUUUAAAUUACA